UGACAAAGUUCCAUGCUAGCUAGCUUUUCUAUACCUAUAUCAAAAACUCAAAUGCUUUUCUUUUCUUUCCAUUCAAUCAUUUUUCUCCCCUUCAAACAACAGCUUUGAUUUGUUUAUGUGCCUGAAUGAACUGGCAGCAUCUUUGUUUGGAAUUGUAGGCUCCUUUUAAGGCUAGCCUUUCCCACUUUAUUGUCCACUUAGCAAAUUAAAAGAACUAGCUAGCUAGAAGCUUUCUCAGUUUCUUUGCUCAAUCUGUUGAGUCUGCGAAAAAUGGGAAGGCAGCCUUGUUGUGACAAAGUUGGGUUGAAAAGAGGUCCAUGGACAAUUGAGGAGGAUCACAAGCUCAUGAAUUUUAUCCUCAACAAUGGGAUCCAUUGCUGGAGAGUGGUUCCUAAGCUUGCAGGAUUGCUUAGAUGUGGGAAAAGCUGCAGACUCAGAUGGAUCAAUUAUCUAAGGCCAGACCUCAAGAGAGGUGCUUUUACAGAAACAGAAGAGAAUCAGAUCAUUCAACUCCAUUCAUGUCUUGGUAACAGGUGGUCUAAGAUUGCUUCACAUUUUCCGGGUAGGACGGAUAAUGAAAUCAAGAACCACUGGAAUACAAGGAUCAAGAAGAGGUUAAAGCUCCUCGGUGUAGACUCUGUGAGCAACAAAGCCAUUGAGCCAAAAGAAAGCAUGGAAGACAAUAAAGAGAUAGUUACUGAUAUUUCAACAGAACUAGGACAAGACAAUGGCUUGGAGCCGAAAUUGCUCCAGGAUGAUGAUAAUGGGAAUACGGGAUUUGAAGAACUUUCCAAUGAGGUUGAGUUAAGUGCCUUUGAUGAGACCCCUGAUGUUUUGGAAAACUACGAAAUGUUUUGUGGGAGCUUGGAUUUGGGGACAUUCAUGUUGAACCAAGGAGUUAGCAACAGCAGCACCACUAGUUCCAACAACACUAGUGCUACUACUACUACUACUACUAAUUCUUCAACUUCUGUGGAAGAGUCUAAUUACAACCCUUCGAUUUCUAUAGGCGAUCAAUCGCUACUGCAACAGAACUGUCUACAACAAUGGGUUGAGAGUGUGGAUUCCAUGCUCUCGUGGGAUGGCUUCAACAAUCUGGAACAAGACCUUUUCUUCUUUUGAACCAAAGUAGCCAUUGAACAUAUUUCAUACCUUUUCUUCUAAGUGCCCUAUUUUAGUUUCAUGAUCACUGAUCAUAAGUUAAAAAGCUGUUGCAACAGUUAAUCAGACUGUGAUUUUGAUUGAGCUUGAUCCUCUUCUUUCCAUCAUGAUCCGUUUUUCUCUUUCGAUCACUACUAAUUCUUGUAUUAAUUUGUGUGUUGAGUAUCCGGAAAUGCGUAUGUUAAUUUCAA